CAAAUUUUUUUUUAAUUUACAUGACAUUUUCCUGUAGAACAUCAAUUGGAAUGAAGAGACCAUGUAUUUCUCUGCUUAGCAGUUUCCAUCAUCCCCAGCAAAUUAGUAUCUGAUCUCAUUCCCAAAUCCCAAAAACUUGGUGUAAUCGUGUUGCCGUGUGGCGUGUUGGAGUCAAUAACCUUUCUUAUUCUCAACUCAAAUUUCCAAUUUCACUCCCUGAUUUUCUCAUUCACUUCACAAAAAUCUCAAAAUUUGGGCGAAAAUUGUAAAGAAAAAUGAGUUUGUUUGAUCUUGAGAAGCAUUUUGCCUUCUAUGGCGCAUAUCACAGUAACCCAAUUAACAUAUUCAUACACAUGUUAUUUGUAUGGCCAAUUUUCUACACUGGGUUGAUGUUGUUGUACUUUGUUCCAAUGUUCUUUUUCCCUAAUUUCGCAUCAUUUUUCACUUUGGUAUAUGCUGUUUUUUAUGUGGGUAUGGAUAAAAAAGCUGGUUUUCUUGCUGCUUUUCUCUGUUUCCUUUGUUGGAUGGGAGCUUCUGCUUAUGCAAGUCAUCUUGGCUAUUCUUUGACUUGGAAGGUUGUUCUGGUGGCUCAAUUGUUUUGUUGGACAGCACAGUUCAUAGGACAUGGAGUAUUUGAGAAACGAGCUCCUGCUCUUCUAGACAAUCUUGUGCAAGCAUUCUUGAUGGCUCCCUUUUUUGUAUUACUCGAGGCUCUCCAGCACUUCUUCGGGUACGAACCAUACCCAGGAUUUCAUGAAAAGGUGAAAGCUAUGGUGGAUGCUGAAAUUGAAGAAUGGCAAGAGAAGAAACAGAAGAAAAUGUCUUAAGGCCAUUUUAUGAUUUGCCAGUCCAAGAUAUUAAACUGCCUAUCUUUAGUGAUGUAUAUAUUGAUAUAAUCUAAUGGUUGAUGUGAAAAAUGCUUAAAUACACUGAAGUUUAUUCCAAACAACUAAAAAUACUGCAGUUUGAAAGAUAACUUGAUUCA